UUUGCCUUUCAGAUCCCCAGCUCAAGGGUAUAGUGACCAGGUUGUAUUGCAGGCAAGGCUACUACUUGCAAAUGCACCCCGAUGGAGCUCUCGAUGGAACCAAGGAUGACAGCACUAAUUCUACACUGUUCAACCUCAUACCAGUGGGACUGCGCGUUGUUGCCAUCCAGGGAGUGAAGACAGGGUUGUAUAUAGCCAUGAAUGGAGAAGGUUACCUCUAUCCAUCAGAACUUUUUACCCCUGAAUGCAAGUUUAAAGAAUCUGUUUUUGAAAACUAUUAUGUAAUCUACUCAUCUAUGCUAUACAGACAACAGGAAUCUGGUAGAGCCUGGUUUUUGGGAUUGAAUAAGGAAGGGCAAGUCAUGAAAGGAAACAGAGUAAAGAAAACCAAACCAGCAGCUCAUUUUCUACCCAAGCCAUUGGAAGUUGCCAUGUACCGAGAACCCUCUUUGCAUGACGUCGGAGAAACGGUCCCGAAGGCCGGGGUGACGCCGAGUAAAAGCACAAGCGCGUCGGCAAUAAUGAAUGGCGGCAAACCAGUCAACAAAAGUAAGACGACAUAGCCAGAUCCUCACAGGUGUUGUGACUUUCUCGUCCUGAGCACAGUGGAGUGAUUUAUCCUUGCCAGACAUUCCUGCGCCCGUGGCUGAGGAGCGGCUGGAAGCAAGCCGAGGCUUGCUCUCGGCUGUCUCGAACUUCUUGGUUGCGAGCGGAUAAAUCUCCACCUGUCGCGCGCCCAGAACAAGAAGACACCUGGACAACCAGCUAAACUCAGACCAUGGAAUGCCCUACCAGAUAUGGAAUGCCUUUUUAAUAUCUUUUCUGUGACCGUGACACUUCAUGUGAAUGACACACUUCACAAGUACACUCGAUACCUUGCCUGCUGACAGCUACCCAUAAUCCUUUUCGAGUCCUGUUCCAGCGAAAUCCAUGUGUUUCAGUUCAAUUUUGUAGCACACCAAUACUAUUGAGUAAUUUCUAGUUAGACGCUGUAAACCUGUGCUAUUAAUGGAUUUCUCUUCUCCCCGUUUUCACAGGGCUGCUCGCUCCGCUGUCUGUGACCUUUUGCAGAGAUUGUACUCCUCUAAAUCUUAAAUGUGGCAGUUGGCCUAGUUCGGAGAGCGAUCAAGGAAUCAGGAAGCCUUCUAAACCUAUUAUUACAAAUUGCAUCUAUAAAGAUUAAGAGUGUUGUCUCCGGUUCCCACUAUCGAUUAAACACACAUAUACGCUCUAUCCAGUACAGAUACUGUGUUCUUGAGGUCGGCGUUGCCGGGGUGAGAAAUGGGUCAAACACAGUCCAGGGGGAAGCUCUCUACCGUAUGUGUUUGACCUUCCCCCUAUAGUUUCUUUGUGUGUGUGUGUGUUUUAUACAUAUCACAAGCUUACUGGUAAUGGUAACAUUUGCCUUGCCCAGCGAGCAAGACCCACUGGUUUUUGAGAAAGUGGGUCCAAAGAACUCUGUAGGCCUUGUAGGCCUGAUUAAGGUUCAUUUUUCAUCUACUGAUCCUCAUUAUUUGGACAAAAGAAAAAAGAAAAAGAAAAUUCAAUAAUUACAACCUACAAGAAUUGCGCUACCUAAAUCCAUUUCCGAUAUAAUCCUACCGGUUUUUAAUGACCCGAACUGAAUGCCAUCCCCGGGUUUGGCUGCGUUCCACUCAUACUCAGCAGAGCAUGGGCAAGGCGGCUGUUGUGUUCUUUUCUGCAGCAGCAAUGCAAACGUUAGUUAUUAAAUUAGACUUUAAUAUUUUUGGUGUUUAAUGACAAGUUUUUAAACUGGACAUAUUAGGAACAACUAUUUUUUUUAGCUCAGCAUGCUGAGUCAGGUACUGUGUAUCUCACCACUCCAUACCUGUAACUCAGCUUCUCGGGGCCCCGAUAGCCCAGCGGCUGGGGUGAGGUGCCUUGCCAUGAGCUCAGAAUGCAGUCUGUUGAAUUCUUCUGGAUAAAAUUCAAGGCAAACCAACACGUUCAAACAUCAGGUUUUUGGUCCACUCCAUUGAUCUGCUUUUUGUUUUAUUUUGCUUUUCUUAAUUUCCUUUUGCCUAAGUCCGAGUGCAGGGAAGACAACCGCUAAGAAAGGUCACCAAUGGUUGACUGCACAGGGAAGAAACCAUGCAAACCGUUCACGAUGGGAUGUAAGGAGUUUCAAAAUGUGGAAUACGAAACUGUUUGGAAAUAUAUUUGUUAGCUCUGUGUAUACUUAAUAAAAUUCAAUGUUUCCUCCUCGGAAGAGUUAACUGAGACCAAACUGAACCUCAUUUAUAGAAAACUAUACGCAGGAUCAUGUACUGGCCUCUUGUGAUUAUUUCCAUGAGGAAGGCUGACCCAGUCGCCAUCCCCCCCGCCCCCCGCUCCCCUUCCCCCCCCCCGCAUCUGCACUGUAUUUCCUGGGAAAUUAUUUUGCCACUGCGUUCCUAAGUCUCCAUGACAGCCCUUGCCCGGCAUUUAAAAAAUUUUGGCCUGCUUAGCUGAUUAAAGAUUUAGUAUAAAUUUAACUGUUUAUGCUUACUUCAUUUUCAUAUUGGAUUUCAUUUUAAUAAAGAAAAAGUUAGCAUAACGUUUGAGUAGAUUUAUUGUCAAUAAUGUUAAAGUACGAAUACAACAAAACGAUUCCUUCAACCAUUCUUGAUUUCUUGUGACACCAUUUUAAAGCCUAUUGUUUUCAACAGGAUGAGUUAAAACCCAUUAGAUGGAUUUCACGAACCAAUUAUUUAGGGAAGACAUGUAUUCUAUAAUCUGUGGCAAACUGAAUUAUUUAACUUGACAUUCCAAUUAGAUGGGCUUAUAGACACUGCUUGCCCCAACACACACACACACACACACACACACACACACACACACACGUACACACCAAACAACCCCACCUAUUGGUUUUUGGUAAUCAGCCCUACUUGCUAUUUUUUUCCCCCCGCAAGCCUAUUUAUUGGUUAAAAUUAAGACAAGAUUUAUUUUUGUAAAUGACUGAGAUUUAUGUCAAUGUGCACCUCUGUUUUGUUUUGUAUAUGAGUUGUCUCCAAGGGCAUUUAUCCCUAUGAAUGGAUGUCAAAUACUUUCUUCUAAUAUAUGUUUAGACAUAUUGCAGACGGGUCCUUGUUAUUUGUAAAUUAGACGGUUUCCUUCGUGUCUGGUCUCACCUGUUGCAUGGGACGAGGACAGCACUGAGGAACUGCAUGUAGUAAGACCUGUGUAUCAAGAACUGUUGGUAUGUACUAUUCAAUUUACAUACAAAGAGUCUGUCUGCAUUGUACAGUUCCUGUGUUUAAUACCAUUUGUUGUAUUCACAAAUACAACAUACUGAAUAAAAUAUUGAUAUGAAGGCAUAUUACAAAACAUCAAACAACUUUAUGUAACAAAAUGGCAUUGCUUCACCCACGAAUAUAGAGAAAUGUCAUGUAAAUAAGUUGGUACACUCAAUGUUCCCCUUGACCAUGCCAAAGAAAAUUUUAGCUCUUUGAUGAUACCUCUCUUGCUAUUUUUCUGGGAUAAGAUGCCACCAUUUUUUCCCCUCAAAAAUUAAGUUUGCUGUUGUUAAGCAAGUGCAAUCUGUCAUCAUUGAUGUUCUGUAUAGUAAAUCUGAUGGAAUUCA